AUGGUAGAUGAUGCAGAAAUUUCUGCUCAGCCAUUGACGUGGAAUGCGACUUAUGAUUCCCGGAACGACACACGCCCAAAGCUCAACCUCAACUUCCGUCAAAGGCGUCUUGCAUCGCUACGCUUCAAGAUGAUUCGAGACGUAUCCCAAACCAGUAAGCUUUUCAGACAGACUGUGCUGAAGGCCUUUUUACCAGACUUCGAAGUCUUUCACCGUGGCAAACCACUCGCUCUCGCUGUAGUGCUCCCAGGUGUUGAUACAUUUGACUCUUGCCACGUGGUUAUCAGCCAUCGACCAGGACCAGGAGUUGCCCAUUUCGUUGCGCAAUUAGCCUAUCUACAGCCUGCAUUCCAUAACAUCCACCUGAGAAUGCGACCUCGAGCCUUCGUCUAUGCUCUUGCUGGUGGACGCGACACCACAUACCGCAAUACAAUGGCGGCAAUUCCCGCGCUCAAAGAAAUCAUCUUUGACGAGGACUGCAGAGGGCCGAAAUUACAGCGCCGCAACCGCACCAGUAACGCAUUGAAUCACCACAUUCCAAGCAGCGCGAAGAGACUUCAGGCCAUGGAGAAAUCCCUGGGAAUUCGGUUUCAUGCACUUUGGCAGCCGUACUCGCAUAGGGUGCGCAUGUUCGUCAAGUUUUGCGAUACAUCGGAAAAACAGUUCGAGCUGGUUUCUACCUUGCGAGGCUUACGAAUUCGAAUAGUGUAG